CAAACUCUCGCAGAAGCAACACGUACUUUCACCGGUGACUUGAGCUACCUAGUGGAAGACAAGUGUAGUGUAGUGAUAUCCUGACACCAGACAGAGAAUAAAGAUGCAUCAAAAGGUAGCAGGGUGGGCGCUCUUGGCGCUGAUCAGUUCGUCGGCCGUCCUUCAUACGCUCGCGUACCCACAGCAUGCACCUCUUAUAUCACAGGCGACAAGCAAUGUUCGGACACAAAACCCCCAGUACUACAGCAAUUCACUGAGUGUAGUUCCAAGCCCAGUUGCGCAGGAGCGUAAAUUCGCUGAGAAACCAAACGCGUUGAAGAAGGUGGCUCUAGACGACCUCGACGACAUCCAAACGAACUCAAUCUCCGAUGGUGGCUUCUCAUGGUCAAACAUGCUCAGUAUGAUCAUGCAAAUGAUCUUCAACCCUGGCACCGCGACAGGCCCCAACAAAAGUGACAACAUCGACACCGACUCCGUGUCUCCAUCUCCUUGGGCUAACUUGCUCUCCAUGGGUCUCAAGAUCCUCACAGCGAUCCUUGGAGGAGGUGCCUCUAGUGACGGCAUCGAUAAGGUUGAUAACGGCUCGUCGCCCAUGCAGGGUAUAUUGGCAGCGGUUCUGUCGACGGUGCUCGGUGCAAAAGACCCCGACCAGGUCGCCUCCAUGGCAAAGCAGGCUGGAGAGUUCAUCAACAUCGUCGUGAACCUCUUAGACGCCUUGAAGACAUCGUUCUCGCACCGCUCCCUGACCGCUCGCUCCAUGGGUCGCAAGGAUUCCGUCAGUGAUGCCGCCCUCGCUGGUAUCGCCAUGAUGAAAACCUAUGUCAGGUCCUUCGGCACCAACGACGACAAAUGUCUGCAGAAAUACAUCUGCGACGCCAACAAUGAAUGCUCUUCUGACAUCGGCCCUAAGAGCGUCUUCUGUCAGCUUGGAACUUACGCUGCCAGUUUCGUCCUCGAAAGGCAAUCAGGCGGCACCUUCGACGAAUUCUACGAAGCCGGACGCCGCGGUCGCUCCGGCAUCGACUGUCGCCAGAUGUAUCUCCAGUGCAAUGAAGUUUAAAUCCUAACAACCAACAUAACACCAAUUACCAGCUAAAUCCCAUACCCACUGUAACAUCAGUGAAGACAAAUUAAUUGGGACUUGCAUCCAAAUUUUGAAAUCCGAACUAUUCCAUAGAAGUCUCUACAAUUUUAGAAGAAAUUUCAAAGUGAUCAUACAAACAGAAAUGUGAAGAGCACUAGUGAAGUCAAAACUUGUAAUUCGUGCCUAAUUUUGAUAAUAUCAAAUACGCGAGGGGUGACAACCUAGUUUAGUGCCUUAUUACAAUAUAAUUGGCAUUUUAGCUCAUAACUUAUCCCAUCGCACACAGUAAGAGCGCGUUGAGUUUAAGUGUUCUAUUAAUUUAUUUAAAUUAUUUAUUUAUUUAACUUAUUUUAGAAGUUAAUAAGUAGGCGUUGUAAAUUAUUCAAAGAAUUAAAUUCACAAAAGCCACAUGAAUCCGUCCAGUAAUAUGCAAUGAAUUGGCAUAUUGUUAUUGUAAUUACAAUCAACAAUCCGCCAAAUUCUUUAAUAUAAAUGACUGAUGUAAAAUAAAAUAUUUCUGUGUGAUAUAAAUACAUUUUAUAUCACCUAAUAGUUUAGUUGUAUGUAUAUUUUAUGUGUGAUUGUAAUGUAUGUUUGAGGACGUCCUUGUGUGGUUGUGAUCAGAAAAUA